GACACCAGUGUCUUUGGCUCAUUUACGAUAGGUCACAUGCACCUGCUUCGAGAAGAGCGAGGAGUCAAGUGGAUCGAGGGGUUUCCUCAACCUCAGAUCCCAGAGGAGGACCAGCCGGAGGUUCCUGAGUGUGCGGAUGAUAAGGAUGUCAACCCGGAGGAUGUGGAUGAUACUACUGCCGCCCGCCCCACCACCUUCGAGUACGGGGGUGGCAGUUCCACUUUUCCCGGCCAGGACUACUUCACUCAGCAGUUCGAGCAGCUACGUCUCCAGAAUCAGCAUCUCUACGACCAUCAGCUCCAGUUUCAGCAGCAGUAUUCGGCUCACCAUGCCGAGUACCAGACCCGGAUGGCCGCUUAUGAUGACCGUCUGGAUCGGAUGGAGACCCAGCAGGGGGUGACCCUGGCUCGCAUCGAGAGAGAGCAGGCCCGAUCUCGGCGCAUGCAGGAGGUCCAACAGCAUCUGCUCCAGCUGCUACCGGGUGAGCAGCCAGUCUGGAGGACUCCCUGGGAGGACUCUCCACUUCCACCUCCACCAGCUGAUGAUGAUGAUGCAUUCAUGAAUGACAUCGAUCUGGACAACGUUGGCGACGAGUAGGCUGUACUUGUCGCCCCUCGGUGUGUGUUUUUGUUUUAGACUUUUUAUGUUUGCUCCAUGUGUUUGAGGAGCUUGAACUGAGUCUGUCGUUUGUUUUUGUCCUUUUGGUUUUCUUUUGUGGAUUUUUUAUUUUGUGGCCAUCUGGGCCAACUCUGAUCCCUAACGCACGGUGUGCUAGUGUGUUCUUGAUGUUCCUUUAGUGCAGAAAUGCCUGUUCGUUCCAUAUGUCCCCCCGCUGACUGGUCCACUUCCAGUCUUCUGCAGUAUUUCAAUCCGGUAACAUCGUUCCCCUUAUCUCUCCCUCUGCUCCAUUGAGGGCAAUGUCGUGCUUAAGUGUGGGGGGUGCUUUGUAUCAGUUGGAAUUUAUAUACGUGUGCUUGAAGCCUAGUCCGCUGUCCAAAUCUCGAGAUUUGAGGGCUCCAAGUACGGCUGUUUGAUCAUAUUGGCACUGUGUUUCGAUUGGUGAAUUGAAUGGUUUUCGGAUUAAUGCAUGACAACUGGAUGGUGACUAGGACAACCUAUAAUGAUGACUGAGACGUGUAGUGGAAUUGUGUAGGGUUCAGUCUUUCAACUGUUUGCUUACCAAUUGUGACUUGGAUUGAUUACUUGUCUUUGACAGUCUCGUAUGCAUCUAGUUCAAGGAUCGGAAUGAGAGAUAGAGCAUAUAGGUAGCCAUGUGAGAUCUGAGCCUACUCAUUUCUUUCUUGUGCGAUAGAUCCCUCUUCCAUGAUGUGUAGCAUUCACGUUGUCAUUAGCUAAGAUGAUGGAGGCAUAGGAUUAGCCCACGACCAAAUUGACUUUCCUGGUGUGUCAUACCCCCUAGUCAGCCCCUUUGAGCCGUGUGUUCUCCUUUAUUUCGGUCUGCAAUGAAAAAUCACCCUUUUGCAUCUUUUAGAAGGUUCCAUAGAGUGAUUUUUACAUGUUCUCUGCUGUUUCUGCCAAAUGUAAUGUGAGAGUUGGAGGUAGUUCUUAAAAAGUUGGGCAGGUGUUUGAAAAUGUGCAGAGGUGGUGGUUCUCUUAAGAAAUGGAAAAAAUGAAAGAAAAACAAAGAAAAAAUGAAAGCAAAAGAGAGCCACCACCAAAAAUCUGAAUAGUGCCCAUUAAGUGAUGUUUCUUAGCAGUCUGGCUUAGAAAUACUAGCAUUUAUGUGACCUCCUUCGCUCUUGUACUCUAAAGAAUUUGAGUAAUGCAGAAUAGCAGAAAGAAAUUACUGGUUUGAUUGACUGUGAGUUUGUUGGGUUUGGAAAUGUGGAACCUUGUGCUAUGAAUACUUCCACCACCUAAAAGGCCUUUUCCCCAUGUCCAAGACCCUAGCCAGUCACUUGAACCUGUGUCUAAGACCUCCGGAUUAGUUAGUGAUGACAACCAUUUAUGUGAACUCUAACAUUUAGAGGUUGCCGUCAUGGUGAAGAGAUAUUAGGAAUUGAGAGAAUAAGUAUGCGCAUUUUUC